AUGGAUCAACAGAACCAGUCCGGGGUUCCCGGACCGGCUGGACGAAAGCUUCAUAUAGCCCAUAGACGGAGCCCGUCUGAGCUGACUCCUCUCAUGAUGGAACAAUUGGCGAUUCAGCAACAAAUCGAGAUGCUUCAGCAACAGCAACAGCAAAUCGCAGCCACGCACCAACAGUAUGUCAAUAUGGGACUCUUGCAACCACAACAACUUGGCCAGGUUUCCGGUUUCAAUCCCUCUCUACAAGGUGGCGGUGCGCCCAUGGGCGGCGUUUCCCCACAACAACUCGGUGCUUUUCAGUUUCCUCAAGCUCCCCAGCAACAGCAACAGCUAGGGAUCCCCGGAAACCCUUCAAAUCAGCAUUCGCAUCGACGUAACCAGUCGGCUCUUCCGGGCUUCGGUAUGGGCCCUCCUCCAGCUCCUUCUUCCGGGGCUUCAGGAUACUCCGACUUUAAUCAACAGCAGCAAGGUAGCCAGCAGAAGAAUGAGGGCGGAGGCCACGGUCGUGGCCGUGGCGGCCCUCCCGGCGGUGGUGGCCACCAGCGCCGUCAUUCGCUUGCUCUUCCUGAAGCUAAGAAGGCUGCAGAGCUUGCCCAACAGAAGCGGGCGGCUUCUGGGUUCCAAUUCCCUGCCCCCUCCGGCGACUCGUCCGAAGGUGCACCCGCUUCCGAGGAUAAAACAACCCCCAACACGACACAGUCGCCCCAAGGGUUGGGCCUGCACCGUGCCGGCAAUAUUCGAGCCAGUGCUCAUGGUCGCAGUCAGUCCAUGGCUGUUGGUGGAAACCGCGGUUCCAUAUCUGGCCGUGGCCCCGGCGGUUUCCAAUUUCCGUCAAAUGAUGGAUCUGCAGGUUCUGAGAAUCAACGCCGUGGAAGCCAACCAUCCCACGGUCGAACACCGUCGAGAAACUUUGACAGCAACUGGCGCCAACCUAAUAACCAAGCGCAGGGUCAGGACCAGUCAAAGGGCCCCGGACAGCAAAACACCGGGUUUCAGCCAGGCCACCGUGCACGCGCGUCUAUGAACCAGUCGAUCGGCUCUAUCGGUCAAUUUCAGUAUCCUGGCCAGCCUCAGCUAGUCCAGCUGCCACAGGGGCAGAUGGUUAUGGCUCCGCCCCAAAUGUUCGGUGGGGCUCAGCAAUUAAACCCCCUACAACUUGCUCAGCUCCAAGCCAUGCAGCAGAACGGGCAACUUAACGGCCAGGGUCUUGGUGGUCUCCAGGCUAGCCAACAUGCACCUCAGCCGCUGUCUGCUCAACAAACGCAGCAGCAACAGCAACAGCAGCGAAAGACCCUAUUCACACCUUACCUCCCCCAGGCUAAUCUUCCUGCUCUCUUGAGCAACGGUCAACUCGUCUCUGGUAUCCUCAGGGUGAAUAAAAAGAACCGUUCUGAUGCCUAUGUCACAACUCCGGACUUGGAUGCCGACAUCUUCAUUUGUGGUAGUAAGGAUCGAAACCGUGCCCUAGAGGGUGACUUUGUCGCUAUCGAACUUCUCGACGUCGAUGAGGUCUGGUCUCAAAAGAGAGAAAAGGAGGAGAAGAAAAAGCGCAAGGAUAUCACCGAUGCCAGAUCUGGUAGUACUGCUGGAACGGACAAACCGUCUCGCUCUGACUCAAACGGAGACCGCCAAGAGGUCGGGCCUGAUGGUAGUAUUCGCCGCCGUGGCAGUCUCCGGCAGCGCCCUACCCAGAAAAAGAACGAUGAUGUUGAAGUGGAGGGUCAAAGUCUCCUCUUGGUUGAAGAAGAUGAAAUUAGCGAUGAGCAGAAGCCCCUAUACGCUGGUCACGUUGUCGCCGUUAUCGAACGCAUCGCUGGCCAAAUGUUCUCAGGUACCCUCGGGUUACUCCGUCCCAGCAGCCAGGCAACGAAGGAGAAGCAGGAAGCCGAGAGGCUCGCCAGAGAUGGCGCUCACGGUCGCAACCAAGACCGCCAGCAAGACAAACCCAAGAUCGUUUGGUUCAAGCCUACUGACAAACGUGUCCCCCUGAUAGCCAUUCCAACAGAACAAGCUCCGCGCGAUUUCGUGGAGAAACAUCAGGACUAUGCUAAUCGCAUUUUCGUCGCCUGCAUCAAGAGAUGGCCUAUCACAUCGCUUCAUCCAUUCGGUACCCUUGUGGAGCAGCUUGGAGAAAUGGGCGAUCUGAAAGUAGAGACCGAGGCGCUUCUCCGCGACAACAACUUUGGCUCCGACGAGUUCACCGAUGCUGUGCUGAAGAGCAUUGGCCACGAAAACUGGUCAGUUUCUAGUGAGAGCGAUCUAUCUUCCCGCAGGGAUUUCCGUCAGGAAACCACUUUCACCGUUGAACCGAGCGGAACCAAGGAGCUGGACAACGCCUAUCAUUUCAAGGUGCUUCCUGAAGGGAAAGUGGAAAUCGGCAUCCAUGUCACAGAUAUCGCUCACUUUGUGAGAGCCAAUUCCUUAGUUGACCGUGAGGCCAAAAAACGGGGCACCGCUGUCUAUCUUGUUGAUAAAUUGGUGAAACUGCUACCCCCCCGUAUUGCGACUGAACUAUGCGCUUUGCUCCCGGGUGAGGAGCGCUUCACAGUCAGUGUCGUAUUCAAGGCUAACCCAGAGACGGGUGCUAUUGACGAUGAUGUCUGGAUUGGCAAGAGUAUCAUAAAGAGCACUGGCAGGCUGAGUUACGAUGAGGUAGAAUCCGUGAUUCAGGGAACAACCAAUGACGCCUUGUCGGGAGUCUCGGUUGAUAUUAUUCGGGGCUUGCAGCGCACUGGUUCCAAAUUCCGCGAAGCUCGACUGGGCAAUCGGGUCUCCCAGAUUCCUCCUCUUCGCCUUCUUCAUUCUUUGGAUGAUGAAAAUGUACCCAUUGAGGCCAACGUCUUUGAUUCCUCUGCCGUGCGAGAGCUGGUGGAGGAAUUGGGCACUAAAGCAAACUUCCUAGUUGCUCGCAAGCUGAUCACAGCUUUGCCCGACAAAGCUUUCCUCCGUCGUCAGCAGUCUCCAAAUGCCCGUCGUCUCCAGUCAUUUGUCGAUCGUAUGAACAGACUGGGUUUCGGCUUAGACGAGGCCAGCAGUGGAAGCUUGCAAAGUAGCCUGUGCCAGGUUCAAGAUGAUGAUUUGCGCAAGGGAAUGGAAACAAUCUUGGUGAAGGCCAUGCAGCGUGCAAAAUACUACGUUGCCGGAACUGUGCAGGAAGAAUUGCGUCCUCACUACACUCUUAACUUCCCUGUAUAUACUCACUUUACAAACCCCUUGCGCCGCUAUGCCGACGUUGUUGUCCAUCGCCAACUUGAAGCAGUCUUGUCUGACGGUGCUAUUGAGUUCUCUGAUGAUAUUGAAUCCCUCAGCAAGACCGCAGAUAUCUGCAACAACAAGAAAGACUCAGCACACAAUGCCCAGGAGCAAAGCGUUCACAUCGAGGCCUGCCGCAAUAUGGACAAAAUCCGCCAGGAAAUUGGUGGUGACCUUAUCAGCGAGGGUAUUGUUCUUUGCGUCUACGAGUCUGCGUUUGAUGUCCUCAUCCCAGAGUAUGGUUUUGAGAAGCGUGUCCACUGCGACCAGCUGCCCUUGAAGAAGGCGGAGUAUCGCAAGGAAACGCGGGUCUUAGAACUCUAUUGGGAGAAGGGCGUGCCCUCCUCGGCCUACAUCCCUGAGGAUGAACGUCCCAAGCCUGCCAACUCCCGUGCUGCGCAGGCUGCUGCUGCUGCCAGAGAAGCUGAAGCCGCUCGCGAGCGCGCGAGGGAGAGGGAGGAAAACUUGAGGAAGCAAACCGAAACCGGAACUAUGUCCGCCGAUGAUGUGGAUGCUCUGUUCGACGAUGAUGAUGACGUCUCCGAGGUCACAGAGAUGGCAGCUGGUGUGUCAUUGAAUUCUGCAGAUCGCUCAACCCAGAGUAUGCCGCCAUCACCUACCCGCAAUGGCCACUUGCCACAAGCUCCUCACCGCACGCUUUCAGACCCCAAGAUCGCCACCAGCACUGCCGAUGCUCCCGAAGCCAAAUUGACCAACAAAGAGAAAUACCUCAGUCUAUUUCAGCUCAGAGAAGAGGGGGGAGAUUACAUCCAAGAUGUUACUGAAAUGACUCGCGUGCCCAUCAUUCUGAAGACUGAUCUAAGCAAGAGCCCUCCUUGCCUCACUAUUCGCUCAGUCAACCCCUACGCGCUGUAG